AUUAGGAUAAAAACAAUCUCCCAUCAAUAUACAAACCGCGAAUGUUCAAAACAAUGAUGCUCUUGGGGUAUUGAACAAGGGAUAUUCAGCUGCACACGCAACAAUGAUCAAUAAAGGCUAUGAAAUUCAGGUAGCGUGGUCUGAAUAUGCAGGGAGUGUUGUAAUAGAAGGUGUAGAAUACAAAUUAAAUCAGAGCCAUUGGCAUCAACCAUCUGAACACACCAUAAACGGCCUAAGGUAUCCUUUUGAGUUACACAUGGUCCAUAUUUCAGAUGACGGCUCCAUCGCAGUUAUUGGCAUCCUCUACGAGUUUGGAGCACCUGAUGAUUUUCUUGGAGAGCUUGGGUGGGCCAUUCAGGAGAUUGCACAUUCCCCAGAAGAUAUACCUUUGGAUUUUGUAGAUCCCAACAAAAUCGGAGUUAGAGGAGAUGAAGCGUAUUAUCGAUACAGUGGAUCCCUCACCACUUAUCCACUCACAGAGGGGGUCACCUGGACCCUAAUCAAACAAGCGAAGACUGCUACACCCGAGCAAGUGAAUGAUUUGUGGAAUGCGUUGCAUGGGAAGGCGAAUUCAAGAGAGGUGCAGGCAUUAAACGGUAGAGUUGUUGAAGAGUAUGAGCCUCUUGUCGACUUUUCAGAAACGUACAAAGCAGAACAGACCAUCCUAUCAGGGUCAUCUCAACCAUUACUUGGAAUUUUUAAAGCUUGUAAGAUGGUGCGAAUUGUAUUUAUGUGUAUGAUGUCCCUCACUGGGCUGCUAUUGGUCCAAGGGGAAGGAGAGCAACAAUCUCCCAUCGAUAUACAAACUGCUUAUGUUCAAAGCAAUCAAACUCUUGGGGAAUUGGAGAUGGAUUAUUCAGCUGGAAAUGCAACAAUGACCAAUACAGGCGAUGCAAUUCAGGUAGAGUGGUCUGAAGAUGCAGGCAAUCUUGAAAUAGGUGGUGUGGAAUACAGAUUAAAGCAGUGCCAUUGGCAUCACCCAUCAGAACACACUAUAAACGAUAUAGCGUAUGAUUUAGAGUUGCACCUGGUCCACCAAUCAGAUAAUGGCAUGAUUGCAGUUAUUGGUAUCCUCUACUCCAUUGACGAUGAAUAUUCUGACAAUUUUCUCACAAUGCUUGAGGAGGCCAUUGAAAAUAUUGACAAUGUGCCAGAGAUAGAUUUGAAUUUUGUAGAUCCCAACAUGAUUGAAAUUGAAAGCGAUGCAGCAUAUUAUCGAUACUGUGGAUCCCUCACCACUUAUCCAUUCACAGAGGGAGUCACUUGGACCAUAAUCAAACAAGCCAAGAAAGUUAACUCUAUACAAGUGGAAAGUUUGAAGAAUGCAUUACCUGGGGACAAUGCAAGAGCGGUGCAACAACUAAAUGGUAGAGUCGUUGAAGAGUAUGACAUUUCAGAAACAUGCAAAGCAAAGCAGACCAUCCUAUCGUCGUCAUCUUAAAAGUAUUUGGUGGUACUAUCUAAGUUUGCUAUAUAAAGAUAAAAUAAUAAUAAUAAUAAUAAUAAUAAAUAGUUUGCAAGACUAUUACGCCUUUGUAAUAAAGGGGUAGUAGAAGGUAAUCUAUCAUGACAGGUGACACAAAUAUUUAUCUAUUCAUGUGUGCCACCUUAUGUUAAGAGAGAUUUUACUUGAAUAUUACAGUUAUCCUUUUAAAAUAAAAUGUUUUUUUAUGUAUUAAGUUU